GGAGGCGCGGGUGCGGGCGGUGGGCCCGGGAGGUCAGGCCUGUGGUCUGCGCGGGCGGCCCGAGGCUGCAGCGCGGGGCGUGGGGAGGGGGCCGGUAGACCCCGGUCCGCUCAGGUCGCCUCCCCCCGGCGGGGGCCGUGUCCACCCAGAAUGGGGGCGCCUCUGGAUCCCCUGAAUGAACCCGCAAGAAGGCCCGCGUUUUGGGGGGAGGCCGCGCUCGGCGCGGGGUCUCCAUCCUCCUAGGUGCGGAAGGGGCCCGACCGCGUCCCGCAGCACUGAGCGCCGGCUGCCACCGGCCGGGGGGUCGCCGAGGCUCUCCGGGAACAAAGCAGCUCUACUCAAGAAGGGCCGGACUUCAGGAACGGGAAACUCACCGGGAGGAACCCUCUGCAGAGCUUCAGAAGAGGCAGAAGAAACGCAGAAAAAGAGCAUAUGGGGCCCCGAGUGAUUUCACCACGUUCAGAAGCUAAGAGGGGAAAAGAACCUGGAGGAGGGAAAUGACUUGUCUAGGAUCAAUAAGAGGCGGGUAGACGCCAGAGUCCCGGACUUCUGGUGUGGUGCAGUCCACACAAUAACAUCAAAGCGUGCCUUCCCAGCUUUUGACAUUCUACCAAGAACAACAGAAAAUGAACAAAUCCCUGAAAUGUGCUGGUCAGAGGUCCGUGUCAUUCAGGGAUGUGACUGUGGACUUUACCCGGGAUGAGUGGCUACAGCUGACGGGCCCACAGAGGAUGCUGUACCGGGAUGUGAUGCUGGAGAACUACAGCCACCUGGUCUCAGUGGGGUGUCACCUCACCAAACCAGAGGUGAUCUUCAGGCUGGAGCAAGGAGAAGAGCUGUGGCCAUCAGGGGGAGAAUUCCCAGACCAGGGUGAUCAAGACAAAAGCCAGGAAAACCAAGACAAACAUUUGUGGCGAGUUUCACUCAUCAACAAAAAAUCACUGACUAAGAAGAGAGAUAAUGUUUUCAGAGAAACACCCUGUCAAGAUGACUCACGUGGAAAGAGUUUGAAAAAUGUUUCAGAAUUAAUUAUUAGUGAUAACAAUCAUUCAAGUAAGAACUCUAAUGAAAUUAAUGUAUGUGGGAAGUUGCUCUCUGAUAAUAACCAAGGAAAUACUCAUACUGGAAAGAAAUCUGACGAACAUGACCAAGAUGGGAAAUCCCCAAGUCAUACUGAGGACCGUACUAAGCAACAGAAAAUGCAGACUUUGGGACCACUUUCUGAAGAUAAUGAAGGUGGAGAAACCUUCCUUAAUAAGGCAGCCAUCCUUAUACCUACGAGGGUUGAAACAGAAGAGAAAUCCUGCGAUUAUAAGAAACAGGGGGGAAGUACCAGUGAUGAGUCAGCCCUCGAAGUCCUUCAGGAAACUCACACAAGGAAGAAUCACUGUGAGGUCAAUGAGUGCCUGAAGUCAACCCUCAUAAAACAUCAGAAAGUCAAUGUGGAAUCUAAUGAAAAUGAGAAUAAUUUCAGCAAGAAGUCCCAUGUCACUCAACCUCCUGAAACUCACACAGGAGAGAAAACCUUUGAAUGUAGUCACUGCAGGAAAUCUUUUUACCAGGAGUCCCGCCUGACUCAGCACCAGAAGACACACACAAGAGAGAAACCCUGUGGAAGUAAUAAAUCUGGGAAAACCCUUCAGAAAUCACAACCCCUGAACCCUCUGAGAUCUCACUCAGGAGAGAAACCCAGUGAAUGCAACCAAGUCCCUGUGCAGUCAGCCCUUACUGAUCAGCAGAAAACACGGUCAGAAGGGAAGCUUUAUGUGUGUAAUGAGUGCAAGAAGUCUUUUCGUCAUAGCUCAGCCCUCAAAGUCCAUCAGAGAAUUCAUACAGGAGAGAAGCCCUAUCAAUGCACCGAGUGUGGGAAAUCCUUCUAUGCAAAAUCAAACUUCAAUCAUCAUCAGAGGACUCACACUGGGGAGAAACCAUAUGAAUGUAAGGAAUGUGGGAAAUCCUUCUGUGUGAAAUCGAACUUAACUAAACAUCAGAAAACACAUACAGGUGAGAAACCUUUCAAAUGUAAUGAGUGCGGGAAAACUUUCUUACAGAAGUCACAGUUUGCUGACCAUCAGAGAACACACACAGGGGAGAGACCCUAUGUAUGUAAUGAGUGUGGGAAGUCCUUCUACUAUAAGUCAGCCCUGCAUGUACAUCAGGGGAAGCAUACAGAAGAGAAACCCUAUAAAUGCACCGAUUGUGAGAAAUCCUUCUGCUAUAAAUCAGCCCUAAUUAUCCAUCAAGUGUCUCAUACAGGGAAGAAACCCUAUGACUGUAAUGAAUGUGGGAAAACCUUCUGUGUGAAGUCAAACCUCACUAAACAUCAGAAAAUUCACACUGGUUUGAAACCUUUUGAAUGUAAUGAGUGUGGCAAAGCCUUCUCUAUGAAUUCGAUCCUAAUAGUACAUCAGAGAACCCAUACGGGGGAGAAACCCUAUGGAUGCAAUGAAUGUGAGAAGUCCUUCUAUAAGAAAUCAGCCCUCACUAAACACCAGAAAACUCACACAGGGGAGAAACCACAUGAGUGUAACGAAUGUGGGAAGGCCUUCCAUAUGAAAUCCACCCUGAUCAUACACCAGAGAGCUCACACUGGAGAGAAACCCUUUAAAUGUAACGAAUGUGAAAAGUCAUUCUACGUGAAGUCACUUCUUAAUAUUCAUCAGAGAAAUCACACGGGAAAGAAACCCCACGUAUGUACUGAAUGUGGGAAAGCCUUUUCUAUGAAGUCCAAUCUCACCGAUCAUCAGAGGACACAUUCAAAAGAGAAACCCUACGAGUGUAACGAAUGUCAGAAGACCUUUCGCCAUAAGUCAACUUUAACGGUACACCAGAGAACUCACACAGGGGAGAAACCCUAUAAAUGUAAUGAAUGUGGGAAAUCCUUCUAUAUGAAGUCAGCCCUCAGUCAACACCAGAGAAUACACACUGGGGAAAAACCUUAUGAAUGUAAAGAAUGUGGGAAAACCUUCUUCCAGAAGUCCCACCUCACUAAACAUCAGCGCACACACACAGGGGAGAAACCCUAUGAAUGUAAGGAAUGUAAAAAAACCUUCUUCCAGAAAUCACACCUCAUUGAACACCAGAGAACACACACUGGGGAGAAGCCCCAUGAAUGUAACAAAUGUGGGAAAUCUUUCUGUUAUAAGUCAGCCUUAACCAUACAUCAGAGAACUCACACAGAAGAGAAACCAUAUAAAUGCAAUGAAUGCGAGAAAUCUUUCUGUAUGAAAUCACACCUCACUGUACAUCAGAGAACUCACACAGGGAAGAACCCCUUUGAAUGUAAGGAAUGUGGGAAGACUUUUUAUGUGAAGUCAAACCUCAUUAAUCAUCAGAGGACUCACACAGGGGAGAAGCCCUAUGAAUGUAAGCGAUGUGGGAAAUCCUUCUGUAUGAAAUCGACCCUCACAGUUCAUCAGCGCACACACACAGGGGAGAAGCCCUAUGAAUGUAACGAAUGUGGGAAGUCCUUCUGCAAGAAGUCGACUCUCACGAAACAUCAGUUCUUCGAGACAGUCUCUGGCAUGGACUCACCAGGCUCCUCUCCAAAGCCUUUGGGACUCUGAUUUUGUGCUUAGUCUCGACUGCCCACCAAGAGUGGCAUACUCUUGACCCAGCUGGCUGGGACCAAUCCUCAGUGACCAGAGACGGAGGGACUCACGGACACAGAUGUUCACUUUCCUGUUCUUCUUAAACAUCUGGAGCUGAAAAAAGAUUUUAAAAAGAGGUGGGGAGAAAAAGAGGAAAAAUAACACCCCCCAGUCUCUGCAGACCUUGUGUGCUUAGCCAAGCUGGUUCCCGUUCUGCCCUUUCACGUCCAGUUUCUGUGGAGCCUGGAGGUCCAUCCGAGGUGUCUCUCUGCCACUCACCUUGACGGCCAUUCCUUACCACAGCUGGCUCACAGCCAGUACCUGGGCCUUUAUGUGCUUGUGGCACAAGCCAUCCAGGAAGCUGUGCAGGCCUGUGACGGAUGAGUCCGGGACACAAGGGGAAGCCGUGUAGCCCUCCUCCAGACAGUGGUACAGCAGGCGACACCCCCUCCGCAGCUGUUUGAGAACAAGACGUGCUGUGUGCAGAUACGGUCUUUGCUCCUAACUGCUGGAGAGCAAGCACUCCACUGCUUCAUCUGCAUUUUACUCCCCUCUUCCUGUGACCUGGGCUAUCCAGCACAUCGUGUUGACAGAACUUCUCUGGGACAGAAAAGCAUAAAAAAAGUACUACUGCAUAACAAGGCACACACGUGAAUUUUAAAAGCAUUAAUUUUCGCUUGGGUAUCUGCAACUCUAGGACUAUAUGAGCAGCAGUGUGGCUUCAGUAGACCUAUGUAUUACAGAAGAGAAAGCCCGCCCCCAGCUAGGAGGAACCCCCUUCCUGAUGGAUCCUCUCCUCUUGGCACGUUACGUGAUCACCGAAAGGAUCUCCUCCAUCCAGAAACAUGUGCCUACUUUACUGUAAGGACUUGGCGGUGGAGUGAGAAGAGACUACUCCAGGCACGUGUGUGUUGUGUGCACCCUCAUCUCAGCUGGAUGGAGCUGGUGCACCUGCUUUCUGUUUCAUGAAGGCACCGUGCUGGGCAAGAAUGUGCUUGCGACACUACAGUGGAGAGCAGGAGAGUGUAGGAGACUCCAAUCCCAAAGUUCCCCAGCGCCUGCCCCUCUAGUGUCUCUGGCUGCUCACACCUCCCCCAGAGGCCCCCCCACUGCAGUUCCCUAGACCCGCAAACUGCUCUUACUUCUCCAGUAGCCCCAGAGCUGGAAUCUGGGAACGAGUCAGGAGACCAUGCUAGUUCAUCAAUUUGGCAGGAAUCAUGGACUUUACAUUCAAGGAAGGGAAAAGCAAUUUAUCUGUGAUGUAGUCAUCUCUGUAAUGAAAAGAAAUUUGUUUUAUUUGCAGGCAUUCUAUAAAGUGGGCAGUUGGCUGUAGUCAUGUGGAUUACACAGCCUUCCCUGGGGAGCUUAACUGCACAGCACAGCCAGGCACACGGCCGUGGAACAGAGAAGAGGGUGACUCUGGAGUCUCUGAGAGGACAGGGCCCUGGUGUUAACACAUCUUCGAUUUGACCUAUAUGACACUGCUUCACUGACUCAAGGACAAUAGAAAAAAAUUGGGGGAAUCUCACAUGUCCACCUGCCAGGAAGGGUCUUCCUUCUGCUCAGCCCUUGAAAACCACUCUCAGAGUUCAUUAUCUGCUCAUACUCCAGAUCUUAUCAGGUUAUUGUGUGUAACACACAAGAACUCACGCUCUGCCCCAAUUCCACAUUUGGUCCUUGCUGCAGGACAGGGAAGCAGACAUCUCUCUAGCGCUCUCCCUCAUGAACUCAGGCCUGUGUAUCUUACAAGCUUGCCAGGAACAGUUAAAAACUUUUCAAAUACUGCAUUCCAUCAAAUUUAAGGCAAACUGUUAUUUUAAGCGUCUCUAGGGAAGAAAAACAAGUGUCAUUAAAGAAGAACAUGCCACUGAGCCCACUCAGAUGUAGUAAGAAAACACCGACCACUUUGCAACUACGAAGAAAUCCCAUCACUACG